UGCUGCUUCUUGACCGCCGUGGAAGACGUCAACCCAGCUGUGGCCACACGAGCCGGUCUUCUGCUGGACACCAUCAAGCGACCCGCCUUGCAGGGUCUGUGCCUCUGCCUGGACUUCCAGUUUGACACGGUGGUGGUGAAGGACCGGCCGACCAUCCUCAGCAAGCUUCUUCUCCUCCACUUCCUGAAGCAGGACAUCCCGGCACUGAGCUGGGAAUUCUUCGUAAACCGAUUCGAUACUCUGUCCCUGGAAGCUCAGCUUCACCUCGACUGCAACAAGGAGUUCCCCUUCCCUACAACAAUUACAGCAGUGAGGACAAACGUGGCCAACCUGAGCGACGCCGCCAUGUGGAAAAUCAAAAGAGCGCGGUUUGCCCGCAACAGGCAGAAGAGUGUGCGGUCCCUGCGAGACAGCGUCAAGGGGGCCACAGAGUCCAAGAGGGCCCUGUCAUUGCCAGAGACUCUCAGCACACCAAAAUUCCUGUCAGGCUGACAAGACAGGAACAGUCGGCUCCUGCGCUCGGGGGCAGCGCUGAGCAGCAGCAAGGUCAACAUUCGCCAGAAAAUGAUAACAUCAUCAAGGACCCUCUCCCGGAGGAUGCAGGGAUUGACCAUCAGACCGUCCAUCAGCUGAUAUCCGUUCUCAUGAAAUUCAUGGCCAAGGAUAAGAGCAGCGCAGAGGCCGACAUCAGCAGCGCCAAAGCCUUUAACACCGUCAAGCGACAUCUGUAUGUGUUGUUGGGGUUUGACCAGCAAGAGGGCUGCUUCAUGAUCGCUCCUCAGAAAAUGCGUAUCUCCACGUGCUUCAAUGCGUUUAUUGCCGGAAUUGCUCAGGUGAUGGAUUACAACAUCAAUCUUGGAAAGCACCUUCUGCCCCUGGUGGUCCAAGUUCUAAAAUACUGCACCUGCCCCCAGCUCCGCCAUUACUUCCAGCAGCCACCCCGCUGUUCCCUCUGGUCUCUGAGGCCUCAUAUCCGUCAGAUGUGGCUGAAGGCUCUUCUUGUUAUUCUCUAUAAGUACCCGUACAGAGAAGCUGACCUCAGCAAGAUCGUUCUGCAUCUGAUCCACAUAACCGUCAACACCCUCAACGCCCAGUACCACAGCUGCAAACCGCAUGCCACCGCCGGGCCGCUGUACAGCGACAACAGCAACAUCAGCAGAUACAGCGAAAAGGAAAAAGCGGAGGAGGACAGCGUGUUUGACGAGUCUGAUAUCCACGAUACGCCAACC